AUAACUACCCUCUCAGUCCCAAGCAGGCUGGCAAGUAGCUGCAUCUCUGAAUGUAAAAGAGAAGGACGCUUUUGGAUAUUGUGGCAUCAGGACGGUGUUGCUGAAAAUGGGGUCCAUUUUGGCCCUGAUUAUACUGCUCUUCAUUCCGAUAGGAUGUAUGGCACAAGAAUGUCGGGUGGACCAAGACCGAGUGCAGAUUGCAGAAAACAACGAUCCAGGUUACGUAGUGACGACAAUACACACUGACCCUGAUUACACGAUGAUAGUCUUUGACAACAUUGAAUGGUUUGAGAUUAAAGGCACAGAGUUGCUGCUGAAGAAAUCCCUUGAUUAUGAGAAUCAGACAACACUUGAUGUUGCUCUCCAUUGUAGAAGAAAUGACGCAACGGUAAAGAUAACAAGGGUUUAUGUCACAGUGCUAAAUGUCAAUGACAACCCUCCAAUGUUCCAGAAAAGCACAUACGAUUUCAACGUACUGGAGGAUACAAAGGUCAACACUGCCAUUGGGGAAGCGAUAGAAGCACAAGACCUUGACCUGGACACAAUCUUUUAUGUUUUGACAGGACCAGAUCAGGCCGCAGCAGAUCAUUUUAGGCUAACAGCAAUCAAUAACCCUGUUAUUCUGGUGAAUCAGCCCCUGGAUUAUGACAAAUACAAUUACAUACAGCUAAUCCUGACUGCCCGGGAUACUCAAAGCGAGACAGCUACUCCUUCUUACACGGCAACUGCAACUAUAAAUAUAAAAAUAUUGGAUGUGGAUAACAAACCACCACAAUUUCUUCCCUGUCGGAAUCUUGGCGACAUCUGCCUCAAUGAUGGAUACACAACAAAAGUAACACGAACAGAAAAGGUGACAGGGGCGCUGGUUUUAAAUCCAGCUCCAUUAUAUGCAAUUGAUGGAGAUACCGGCAUAAACGCUGCCAUUGUGUAUUCCAUUGUUAAUGGGAAUACUGGAGGAAUAUUUGAUGUGGAGAGAGUGAGUGGAAAUAUAACAAUGACUAAAGCAGCAGAUACUUUGGGGAUAGUAUUGUUGCAGAUUAUGGCUGCCCAAGUUGAUGAUGGACGGAAAUAUGCAUUGACCACAGUGCAGAUUGAUGUCGUGGAAAAAAACAACAACCCUCCAACAUUUGAAAAGAAAAAUUACUUGGGAACAAUUCAGGCUCAGUCUGCCAUUGGCACAUUUGUUACUGAUUCCAGUAGCCCCAACAAACCCCUACGAGUGUUUGCUGCAGAUGAAGAUUUUGCAGAUAAGCUUAAUCCGUAUAUAACAUAUGUAAUUCAAGGUGGACCUGGUUUCACAGUGUCCCGGGAUGGAUAUAUAACAAACAAUGCUUUAUUUGAUUCUCCAGCUACCAUUACAUUUUCUGUAAGGGCACGAGACACCACGACUGGAGAAGAGGACUUCACUGAUGUUGAAGUAGAAAUCACUCCAAGUGUACCCACCACAACAGUUUCUACAACUACAAGUACAACUCCCGGACAAGGUACCACUACAACUACAACUUCUGGAUCAGGCACCACUACUACUACAACUCCUGGAACAGGCACCACCACCACUACCACUCCUGGAACAGGUACCACUACAGUUGCUUCUCCAGGAACAGGGACCACAACAACCACCACUCUGGGGACAGGUACCACCACAAGCACCACUCUUGGGACAGGUACCACUACAACUACUUCUCCAGGAACAGGGAUCACAACAAGUACCACUCAUGGGACAGGUACCACUUCAACUAUUUCUCCAGGAACAGGCACCACAACAAUGACUUCUCAUGGGACAGGUAGCACUACAACGACUUCUCCAGGAACAGGGAUCACAACAACCACCACUUCAGGGACAGGUACCACCACAAGUACCACUUCUGGGACAGGUACUACUACAACUACAUCUCCAGGAACUGGCACUACAACAACCACUUCUCCAGGUACAGGUACCACUACAACUAUGUCUCCAGGGACAGGUACCACAACAAGUACCACUCCUGGGACUGGGACCACUACUACUAGAUCUCCAGGGACAGGAACCACUACUACUAUAUCUCCAGGGACAGGUACCACUACUACUACAUCUCCAGGGACAGGUACUACUACAACCACUUCUCCAGGGACAGGUACCACAACAAGUACCACUUCUGGGACAGGAACAACUACUACUAGAUCUCCAGGAACAGGUACUACUACAAUCACCUCUCCAGGUACAGGUACCACAACAAGUACUACUCCUGGAACAGGUACCACAACCACUACCACUCCUGGGACUGGUACCACAAUAACUACCACUCCUGGGACUGGUACCACAACAACUACCACCCCUGGGACAGGUACUACAACCACUAUCACCCCUGGGACAGGUACUACAACUACUACCACUCCUGGGACUGGUACCACAACAACUACCACCCCUGGGACAGGUACUACAACUACUACCACUCCUGGGACUGGUACCACAACAACUACCACCCCUGGGACAGGUACUACAACUACUACCACUCCUGGGACUGGUACCACAACAACUACCACCCCUGGGACAGGUACUACAACUACUACCACUCCUGGGACUGGUACCAAAACAAGUAUAAUUCCUGGAACAGGACCCACCAAGAUAACUACACCUGGAAUAGGUAAGCCAACAACAGUUUCAAAGGCAACUUCUAAAUCACCAACCGGAACAACCACGGAUAAAUCAGGGACAGGGACACCUCAAGGCCCAGCAGGAGAAACUGGACCGGGAGGUGAUGGUUACACUGCCACAGAUAUGGCUGCCCUGGGAGCCACCCUGGGAGUGCUUCUUGCUUUGUGCUUAGUUGGACUUGGAUUCCUCAUUCAUAAGCAGUAUGGAGAUCAAAUAAGAAACAGGAUGAGCAAAAGCUCUGGUGAUGACCUUGGAGGCUCUGAAGAUAGGACUGAACAGCUAAUAGAUGAUGAUGAUGAUGCAGAUGAUAAUCCUGAUCCUGGUUUGGUUGAAGUAAUGCCUGCCAGUAUCAGUUAUGAUGUUGAUAAUAGCAUUUCAAAAGAUCCAUUUGUAACAGAUUAUUUAGUUUUAGGGGCCGCAGCAGCAAAUUUAUUUGCAAAUGAGAAUCCAUCAAAUAGUCCUCAUGCUGAGAAGCCAGAAGAAGGGUUUGACCCAGACGACAAGAAAGAAGUGAAGUCUAUCCUCACAAAGGAGUUUAAGGACGAUCCAGGAUAUAAAUCUGUGUGGUUUAGGGAAGAUGCCUCACCAGAGGUUGUAGUGAUUGAGGGGGUUGAGGAAGGAGAAGCUGAUGAUGGUGAAACUGAGGAAGGAUAUAAUCAAGAAGACGACGACGAUGAUGAUGAAGACCAACUGAGCCCCAAUUUCCUUGAAAUGAACAAUGACUCGAAUAAUUUUUCCCAACUUUAAAUAUAGUCCGAUACUACAACAUUAUCUUGACUAUGCCAUGUGUUGGCUUUAAAAAUUGGGAACCUACCGUACACAUUAUUUGAAGUGUAUGCAAAUGGAAUCUACUUACAAACACCAGAUCAGAUGGCAUUUUAGAGGCAUCAUUCGCUGCCAAUGUACAUUGCAAUCACUCUAGUAAAAAAAAUAUUCUCUA